AAAGAUUUGACAGGUAAAUGUUAGUAACGAAAAUCUGGCAACCCGGUUACAGUCAGUCACUUUACCAGGAAGUUUAUUUAGACGAGACCAAAUACGCCACCGAUGGAUGAUACGAAGAAAAGAUGGAUUCCGAAGCUGCAUACCGCUCUGACUUUUACAUUGGUCUGGCACUUGCUGUGAGCUCUACUAUUUUCAUCGGCGGCAGUUUUAUAUUGAAAAAGAAAGGCCUUUUGCGACUGGCAAAAAAUGGCUCUACAAGAGCAGGUCAAGGUGGUUAUGCAUACCUGAAAGAAUGGCUGUGGUGGGCGGGGCUUAUAUCAAUGGGAAUAGGCGAGGCAGCAAAUUUUGCAGCUUAUGCAUUUGCACCUGCCACACUGGUAACGCCUCUGGGAGCAUUGAGCGUUUUGGUCAGUGCUGUACUCUCAUCAUACUUUCUGAGUGAACGGCUAAACGUCCAUGGAAAAAUUGGCUGCUUGCUGUGCAUCUUCGGCUCCACAGUUAUGGUAUUCCAUGCUCCACAGGAGGAAGAGGUCGCUUCCUUGAGCGCAAUGGCAGAGAAACUCAAAGAUCCAGGAUUUAUUGUUUUUGCUGUCUGCAUUGUUGUGAGCAGCAUGGCUCUGAUCAUUUUCGUCGCUCCUCGUUACGGUCAGAAGAACGUGCUAGUGUACAUCCUCAUCUGCUCUGUGAUUGGCUCACUAUCCGUGUCCUGUGUUAAAGGCCUAGGCAUCGGCAUUAAAGAGCUGUUUGCAGGAACUGCGGUUCUGAAGGAGCCAUUGUUUUGGGCUCUGCUCGUAUGCCUUGUGAUCUGCGUCAGUAUUCAGAUAAGCUACCUCAACAAGGCCCUCGACAUAUUCAACACCUCUUUAGUUACACCUAUUUAUUACGUGUUUUUCACCAUAUCUGUCAUGGCCUGUUCGGCCAUUUUGUUUAAGGAGUGGCUUCGUAUGUCCACUGAUGGGGCAAUCGGAACUGUUAGUGGCUUUCUAACCAUAAUCAUUGGCAUUUUUCUUCUUCACGGUUUCAAGGACAUCAAUUUUAGCUUGGACUCUCUCCCUCUAUAUCUACAACUUGGACCUCAAGGUGGCAACCAACCUUAUGUCGCUCUGCCAACUGAUGAGAGAAUUACUGGAGAUGAAAGCAAUCAGACUAAGGAAAGAAGCAUAAAGGGCUGUUUUCCUGAGAGUUUUGACAAGAGGAGCAAUGGGUCAUUUGUAACCCAAGAAAAUUUCACUAAAUUUGCUUAGUGAAGACUACUAAACUCUCUUUUUUUCUACUGUACAUGCAGCCACAAAAACAUUUAGCAAGCCAUUAAUACUGUGAGAUUACU